UAGGAGAAACUAAAAAAUGAAGGGCCAUCUCUCACAUGAUUAUCUUUUGGAGGUUCCGGCAGCCGUCGUAUGGGACACCUACCGUGGCCUCGAGCUCGGAAAACUAGUCAAUCAAAUGUUUCAAGAUGUUGUGGGAAUGAUCGAAGUUGUUCACGGUGACGGAGGCGUUGGAACUAUUUUAAAGAUCACAUUCCCUCCUGGAACAUUGGGAUUGAGCUAUAUGAAGGAAAUAUUUACAGAAGCUGAUGAUGAACAACGGGUGAAGGAAAGUGAAAUCAUCGAAGGAGGAUUCAAAGAUUUUGGAUUUGAGGUUUAUCGUUAUCGCUUUCAAAUCAUUGAGAAAAAUGGUGAAUCAUCUAUUAUCAGGUCAUCGGUGGAGUACGAAAUAGAUGACAAGCUUCAAGAGAUUGCUUCCCUUGCCACUACCAAGCAAAUGGAAGCAUUGAAUGAAGUUGUUGGCAAACAUCUCAAACAAAAAUGGGAUUCCUCUAAUAAGAAACCUUAAUGUCUUCUCUCCAUGCAAUUACCAACUUUUAAGAAUAAUGAGCUUAAAUAGUUCAAGCAACCUCGAUGUUUGAACUUUAUUGUACCGUUUCUUUUGUAUCGGUAAAAUUAUGGAUAAUAUAUAAAUAAGAUUGCAGGAGCAAUUCACUGCCA